CACAAUUCUUUAGUUUCUUCUUCUCUCAACUCAACUCAACAACAAAGCAAUGUCGAACGUUGUAGUAAUCACCAUUGUUGUUCUCAUCGCUGCAUCACUAACAGGACAUGUGUCAGCACAAAUGAUGGAUAUGUCUCCAACGUCAGGACCAUCAGGAGCAGCACCAGACUGCAUGACUAACCUAAUGAACAUGACGGGAUGUCUCUCAUACGUUACGGUCGGAGAAGGUGGAGGUGCGGCUAAGCCAGACAAGACUUGUUGUCCUGCACUAGCGGGGCUUGUGGAGAGCUCGCCACAAUGCUUAUGUUACCUUCUCUCUGGAGACAUUGCAGCUCAGUUAGGAGUGAAGAUUGAUAAGGCAAAGGCUCUUAAGCUUCCUGGAGUUUGUGGUGUUGUUACUCCUGAUCCUUCACUUUGUUCUUUAUUUGGAGUUCCUGUUGGAGCACCUGUAGCUAUGGGCAACGAGGGAGCCUCCCCCUCCUCUGCUCCAGGUCCAAUGUCAGGUACAGCAGAAUCACCAAGUGGAUUAGCGUCGGGUCCUUCGGCUCCGCGAAUAAGCAAUGCACCAAGCAUUGCAACUUAUUCUCUUUUUCUCAACCUUAUAAUUUUCCCAUUAGCUUAUGCGUUUCACACCUAUUGCUAAUUUCAUUAUCUUCCUACCAUUAACAACACUAUUAUUUCGUAUUGUAUUUUCUUAAGAGAGUAUUGUUUCUUUUGUACGUUAUGAUGUUCUUGGAUCUUUUUACUUUGUGUAUUCACGGAUUAGAUUAUUCUUCAUUCAUCAUAUUGAAUAAAGAUUCGUGUUUUCUAUAA